AUGGUUUCAAGCGCCUCUGCCUCUGGUUCCUCGUCCAGAGCUUAUAUCGACCUAACGGACGACGAGUUCGUUGGAGAGAUUCAAGCCAAGCUUCGUGCCGAACUGGCUGACAAUCUCAAGGAAAUGAACCGCCUUCGGUCUCAAAUACGCGACCUUCAAUCCGAGAGCACAGGCUUACGGCUGGAGCUCAAGGAAACCAAAGAUGAACUCAAGGAGACGCGCGCUUUACUUGGUCAGGCUGUCGUGACAGCGACGCGGCAGAAGGAAUCCUCGACCGCCGCUAGUAGAACUUCGACACGUUCCGUGCCUCUUCCGCCCAUGAGGAUUCGGUCACCGUCUUUCGAGGUCAUCGACUAUGUGGAGAAAGACAAAGAUAAAUCGACGAACACGCGACCAACCACACUGAAAUCCGCGAAGCGACUCAUCUCCUACGUCGACGUCCCUCCACGAAAGACAGCUGUUAAGCUUGAGCAAUCAUCCUUGAAACGGCCUCCGGAGACGAAUCCAAGUGAACAAGAGAGACAAGAGUCUUCAAAGCGUCCGAAAGUCGAGCCUGCUGCCUGUGCGAAGAAGCAAAGUACUUCGAGCUCUGCGACCAGCUCUGGCAUUCAAAAGGCUGAAAGCGUAUCACGCCAUGCUCAAGGAAAAGCUCCUAUUGCCCCUAAACCCGAACUGAAAGCCGAACCUAAAAUCAUUCUCGAUCUCGUAUCGCAUCACCUCCACGGCGCGCCAACGCUGCACAUAGAUCCGCCUCCUUCGACCAUCCCGGUGCCCCGUCGGCUCCUACGCCUUGCUUAUGGGGGCAGCGAUAUGCAAUUCGUCCAGUACUUUCCGGACUGGGAGAACCCCUCUGGCCCAGCGAAGCGACGUCUUGUCUUCCCGCAACUCAACAUGAACCCGGCUAUGCCGACAGAACCUGGGACUCCAGGACUCGUCUUCGCGUCACGGCACGAAAUUUUGGACGAUCCUCCUUGGACGCUAUUCCACAAGGUCCAGAACGCGAAGCCCGCCGUUUGGUUGUACCAAGGAGAGUACGAGAGUGUGCUGAGUGGGACGAUGACGGCAGAGCAGUUUCGGGGCCAACGGCCAGAGGUGAAACGUGAAUGGGGCGACCUUCUCGUGACUCAGGUCGUCUGCAAGCCCUACCUUUCUAUGCGUUCGCGCAUCGCUCUGCGGAAAGCAGGACUGAUACCUUUGGGAGACGAAGAGGCUGAGGAGGCGCUCAUCAAGAAGGAGAUGGUGGCCGUGAAAAAGAACGGAGGGCAUCCUGUCAACGCAGAUGAUAUUAUUGCCGCUCUUGAAAGAGGAGACGAGGGAAUUGACAUUCUCCGUAUGACAUGCGUUAAAUACGACCAUGCUUUCGCGAAGGAGCUCGAGGAACGAUUGCCGACUCUUCCGCGCUUGAUCGAGGAGGCAAAGGCGAAGAAAGAAGCGGAGGAAGCUGCGAAGAAGGCUGCGAAGAAAAGGAAGAAGCCGACUGCGUCUGUGGGACCCACCUCGAAGACGAAGAAAAAGAAAGUGGCGACGGAAAAGGGUGUGUCGAAGAAGCCUCCGCCCCUUGAAAUAGAGGAAGAUAGCUCGGCAGACGACUUCGUUGGACCCGACGAUGAUAGGACAGCAACUCCCUCAUCCUCUGUCCGGGAGCUCCGACCUCGUAAGUCCACAAGGCAGUCAUUCGUUUCUCUGACCACCGAUGAGGAUGAAGGCGGAAAUUCAGAUGACUCUGAUAUCGUGGGUCUGGACUCGCGGUAUUGA